AUGGCAAAAAGUAAAUUCGAAUAUGUGCGAUCUUUCGAAUCCGAAGAAUAUUUGUUACCGAACUGCUGGAUAGUGGUGAGAAUCGAUGGUAAAUCAUUUCACAAAUUUUCCAAGAAACACGAUUUUGAUAAACCGAAUGACCCUAGGGCUUUAGGGCUCAUGAACAAAGCUGCCUCUAUAGUUUUAGAAGAGUACAAGGACAUAUUGAUAGCUUACGGACAAAGUGAUGAGUAUUCUUUUGUGCUACGCAAAGACACUCAAUUGUACAAUAGAAGAAAAAACAAAUUGAUGACCUACAUUAACAGCCUAUUUUCAUCGUCUUAUGUUUAUUAUUGGAGGGAUUAUUUCAAAGAUGUUAAACUCAAAUAUCCACCUUCAUUUGAUUCACGAGUAGUCCUAUACCCCACAGAUCAAAACCUUCGAGAUUACUUGAGCUGGAGGCAAGCAGAUUGUCACAUAAACAACCUCUACAAUACAACUUUUUGGGCUUUGGUCUUAAAAGGAGGCCUCACCACUCAAGAAGCAGAACAACGCCUAUGUGGAACCCUAUCCAGUGACAAAAACGAAAUAUUGUUUAAAGAAUUUGAUACAAAUUACAAUAAUGAACCUUUUAUUUAUAAAAAAGGCACUAUAUUGUUGAGGAAAAAAAUUAAACAUCCAAUUAAGGAUAAAAAUAGGCUUGUAGUGAUUCCCUUACACAAGGAUCUAAUUCAGGAUGAUUUUUGGACAAGGAACAGUGAAAUAUUGGACAUUAAAGCUUGUGGGUUUUAUGAAUUUAAAUUUAGUGAUAUUCCAGAGUUAGUUUUAAGCCAAUUGCACCAUUUGAAUAUUAAAGAUAGUGCAGAGAAUGAUAGUGAUUAUAAAAGAGUUUUAAAUUAA